AUGCUGUGGCGUGCUGGGCGUCAAGCGUGCGCGCUUCUCGAGCCGCUCAAGAGCUCAGGAAUAGGAUCGACCUCCCGCUCGAUUUCCUUCUGCCACGACUUCUUGCAGUCGCCCAUCAGAAGGGGGCUUGCAACACGAUCUGCGUCAGCCGUGGCUGAAAGCAGCUCCUUAAGCUCAGAACGAGCGUCACCUGCCAAGGCUGAAAAAGCUCCCGUCAAGUCGAUCUACCCCGACUCGAAAGCCGCAGAUCGUCGACGUCCGCACGCACCACCCCUCUUCGAGCACUUCAAACGGAAUCCUCUCGAACAAGGCGGCCCGGCAUCGGGACCCUCUCAGCCCGUAUCAAAAGACUCUUACAUCCUCCGAUAUGCUUCUACUGAUUCGGAGCUCAAGCAGCUCUAUACUGCUCUGGGAAAGGCCGCAGACACUGACGACGCCGUGCAAGCGACCAAGCUUUGCCAGUUGAUCAAGGAGAGGAAGCAACAGAUCGCCGGUCCGUCCGAAGACAUCGUCUUUGAGCCUCAGGAGAAGAUCGUGUUCCUCGCCGUCAUGCGCACCCUUGCGCAUCAUGGUCUGCUCGAAGAAACACAAGCUGUGCACGCCGAUAUGCUCUCGCUUGGAUUCGAGCCAUGCAUCGACUCGCUCAACCACGUCCUGCAGGCGGCCAUCAUCUCCGGAGAUGAAAAGGCGACAAUCGCGACUCUGGAAAGCAUUCUUACUCUCUCAAGCUCGACUUUGACGGCGUCAGAGCGCUCACAGGAACUCGUCGGCAUUUUGCUCAACGACUCUGACAGCAGCCGCCAGACGGAUCCGGACAAUGCCGCCGGAUUGACCCUGCCACCGCCACAGGUUCGCAAUUGGAACUCGGUCACGUUUGCACAUAUGGUCGAUCACGCUUGCCAAGAGCACAAUCUCGAAUACGCGCUCUUGCUCUUCUCGACGUGCUACAGGAUGCAUCUAUCGCUGCCACACGAAUCGCUCGUUCGUCUGAUUAAGGCUUGCCUCCACUGCGAAGAGUUCAGAACCGCCCUCGAGCUGGCGGACCUGGCCGAAGGAGGCGGUCUGGUGUACAGCGAGCCCUCAUCGAAAGGAACAGAGCUAUCAGUGCUCCAAACGGACGCACAAAGCGGUCAGGUUGCCCGUCGUUUUCCUCCCAGCAUAUGGCUCUUGAUCCUUCGAUCCUGCGCCGAAGGCGGCUACCUCCCCGGCGUGGAGCUCGCAUGGUCCAAGGCAGUGACCCACGGACUCCUGUUCCCAGAUGACGGGACAUUGCAUCUCAUCCUCGCCCUUGCUGCCAAAGAAGGGUGCAGCCGGCUGGCGUAUCAAUGUCUCCGUCACAUCGAGCCCAGCUUCCAACUGAAGGGCGAUUCGUCCACCGUAUCCCAGGAACCGAUACCCGUUCGGAGACCCUCGAAUCGAGGCCAGAAGAUGGAAGAAUGGCAUCUGGCACCUCUGUUUGAAGCGCAAUGCACCUCACACGACUACGAAGCCGCCAUGCGCACCAUGCGCGAGUACCAUCGACGCAAUUUCAAGAUCACCGAGCGAGCCACUUCCAGAAUCAGCACCUCGAUCUACCCUGACUCGGCCAAUCUCAAGCUGGCGCGGGAGGCCCUCGAGCGGACGGCUACCGACCCCGCCAUCGGCACGCACAAGUCGGUCGUCAACGCGGUGCUCACCGCUGCUGUCUGGCUGGGCGACCUUACCCAGGCACUCGAGAUCUACCGAGCGAUGGACAAGUACCAUCCGUUCCCGCACCCGAACAGCGCCUCAACCGCCGAUUCGCGUUUCCUCAUGACGCCCAAUCUGGACACGAUCCACGCGCUGCUGAGCGGCUGCAUCGACGCCGCCGACUACGAGACGGGCGUUCAGCUGCUGCGCGACCUCAACGAGCGCCGCAUGCGCCCCAACGUCGUCACGUUCGAACGUAUGAUGGUGCUCUGCUUGACGCAGAACAACUACGAAGCUGCGUUUGGGUUCAUCGAAGAGGCGAAGGAGAAGGACAUCCCGCCGAGCAGAAAGAGCUACGAGGCGCUGGUGCGCAAGUGCUUCCGCGAGAAGGACGAUCGAUGGGAAAGCGUGCUCGCCGACAUGUCCGAGUCGGGGUACAGACCGAGCCCGAAGAUGCUCUACGAACUCAACAUCGAGCCUGAUGCUUUUGUGCACAAGCCCAGACGCGUCCGCGGCCCCGUCAGGUAG